AUGGAGGAUUGGAGAAAGGAGCAGCGUUUCAUCAAUCUGGAGAAUAAUCUGAAAACGUGCCUUGUCUCUAUAGAGAAGAAACUACACGAGAAUGGGGUGCUACUGGAUGAGGACGAGGAGUUGCGAGCCUUUUUUUCAAACGAAUCGCGUUCCGAAAUCGCAGUGGCAGAAACCGGAAACGAGCUUCUGAAUCAAAGGCUACCCGCAUUUUUUCUGAAAAGAUGGGCAACAAAGAACCAACGUAAUUGUUUUUGUUAUGCAUCGCUACUAUUGUUUGCUUUCAUUUUUGCUUUUAGUAUCUUGUCUUUUGAAGAACUGAGCGAAAUAAUGAAAGAGGUGCGAACAGAACAGGGUGAAUCAUCAAACAUUCCUGAUCCAGAUCGUGAAUGCGCAGCGUUU